CUGCAUAAGGGAUUGUUAUGGAACAUUGUUUUGCAUGUGAUUGUAAAGUCACUGAAGUGUUUAGUUUGUUGAUUCUGGUAUAAAAAAGUAGUAAUAAUUUUGCAUCAUAUGAGAAAACUGAAGAAUAGGAAACAAAAAAAAGGGUUUAUCCAGAAAAGACUGUAAUUCACAUAGCUCAAGUCUCUAACUUUAGGUUUCCUUAUGGUUUACAGUAAUAGUCCCGUCCGCACGACUCAAAAUGUUUCUUUCUUCUGUAUUUAACUGUUUUGCAGUGAGUGAAGUUCAUGGACGUACGUUUGGAGUAUGGACACUAUUGACCUGCACUCUCUGCUUUCUUUGUGCAUUCAACCCUGAAAACAAACCGUUAUAUUUGGCUACCUUUCUCUCAUUCAUCUACGCCUUAGGCCAUUUUGUGACUGAGUACCUCUUUUAUCAUACAAUGACCAUCGCCAAUCUCUCAACCGUGGCCUUCUUUGCAGGCACGUCGAUUGUGUGGAUGCUCUGGGAAUGGAACUCCCUUGAACAACCGCACUCCAAACUUUCUUGAUGUUUUUAUCAAGAGGACAUGUAACUGAUUAUUUCUUCUUUGAAACUUCUUGAGAGUUGGAAUUGUUUUCGGCUUUUUUUGCUCGAUUUCUAAAGCUGUUGAUUCAUAUUUCAUUGCCAAUCUUUGAUGGGUCUUAACAAGACUUGUAGAACUUGCUAUCUUCUAAUAAACUAUGGCUCAAAAUUGUUAAUCAUGUGUUGUAUGAUAUCUUCUCCAGCUAAAUUGAUCAUCUUUGUUUUCAC